AGACAGGUCUUCACAUCAUGGCCUUUUUGGUAGCUUUCGGGUGAUUUCCACCUCAACUCUUCCGCAUUUUCCUGCCGCUCUCGGGCUGUGACGUGUCGUGCUGACGGCGGCCUCGGAGCUGGAGAAGCGGGGGGCUGUAGCAGGACACUGUCUGGCUUCAGACGUCCUGCUUCGUUUUUCAGCGGUGUUCCAGAAACUACCCCCUCACCCCUCCUUCUCUGCUCGUUCGCGGCCCGCCCAAAUCACACAAAAUUCCCGACUGAAUCCUGCCCGAGUCUGGGGGAACCAGGCGGCCUGGGAAGCCGUGGAGCGGACAGAGGCCAUCCCUGCAGCAUAAAUCUGCUCCUCAGUAACAAAUGCAGGACGAGGACAAUGGAUGAGGAUGUCACAAGGCUUGCAAUACAUGCUGAAGAGCCUAAAAUAAUAAUACACGGAUCGGAUGACGGUGGUGCCGGUGGGCAGGAGUUUGUUGUGGAGCUUCAAGAGACUGUCUUGGUAUCAGAAGGUGAGGGUGAAGAUAUGGCAGUUCACAGAUUUGCCCCAGAAGAGCUUGUCAUCCAGGAUGCAGUCGAAGACGUAGUUUCUGAGUAUGUGCAUGGAGAUGAAGAUGAAGAUGUUGCUGUAGAAACCUGUGUGAUGGCUCUAGAGGGCGAAGAGGAAGGCGUUGCCAUGGGAGACAUCCCGGAAGAUGGGCUGGACCCAGAGCAGCAGGAUGACGACCAAGAUGGCUGUGGAGAUUAUCUGAUGAUAUCCUUGGACGAAGCUGGAAAAAUGGUCUCUGAGGAUGGAACUGAGGUAACUGUGGAAGGGGCCGUGGAGGACCAAGAAGUGGAGAAGGACGAAGAUGGACAAGAGGUGAUAAAAGUGUACAUCUUCAAGGCGGAUUCAGGAGAGGACGACAUGGGAGAAUCUGUUGACAUCAGUGAUGGAGAUGCAGAGAGUGUCGCACUAACAGAGUCUACAGGCCAAACACUCAGAGAGAAGAUGGUUUACAUGUCUGUCGGGGAUUCUCAUCACAAUCAAGGAAAUCAUGGUGUAGAGGACAGCGAGGGCUGUGAAAACCGAAACGGCGCUGCCAGUGCACUGCUGCACAUCGAUGAAUCAGACGGUGUCGAUGAAAUCAAUAGACAACGCAACAAGAAUAAGAGACGAUCAGAACAUCGGCAGGUCCAGACAGCCAUCAUCAUUGGUCCAUAYGGCCAGCCGCUGACAGUUUAUCCUUGCAUGCUCUGUGGUAAAAAGUUCAAGUCGAGAGGUUUCCUAAAGCGACACACUAAGAAUCACCACCAGGAUGUUCUGACCCGCAAAAAGUACCAAUGUACAGACUGUGACUUCACCACCAACAAGAAAGCCAGCCUCCACAAUCACAUGGAGGUGCACGCACUGAGCAGCAAAGCCCCUUUCGAGUGCGAGAUGUGCGGUAAAGAGUUCCACCAGCAGGGGGCGCUGUUCUCCCACAGGCUGCAGCACCACCACCGGGAGCCCAAAGCCCAGCCACCUCCUCCACCCACUAAGAUGCACAAGUGCAAGUUUUGUGACUAUGAAACCGCUGAGCAGGGACUGCUCAAUCGACACUUGUUGGCCGUCCACAGCAAAAGCUUCCCUCACAUCUGUGUGGAAUGUGGGAAAGGUUAA